UGAGAUUGGGACACUAUGAAAACUGAUUAUUCCGGCAAGCAAUCUUGCAAAUGUGCACCUGCUAGUGUUCGUUUUGUUCACAAUGAUGUCACAGUACCUGACUUCUCUGACUAUCGUCACCCUGCGGUGUUAGAUAGCACCAAGUCUUCACAAGACAGCGGCGAUGCUAGGAGAGGCUUCUCCUAUCUGAUGACUGCAACAGCAUGUGUAACCACUGCGUAUGUUGCCAAGAAUUUUGUUACCCAGUUUAUUUACAGCUUGAGUGCUGCAGCUGAUGUGAUAGCAGUGUCAAAGGUUGAGAUCAAGUUGUUGGAUAUUCCUGAAGGCAAGAACAUGACUUUCAAGUGGAGAGGAAAACCUCUUUUUGUGCGCCACAGAACCCAGGAUGAGAUUAAUCGGGAAGGAGCAGUUAAUUUGGCUGAACUCAGAGAUCCACAGCAUGAUUUAGAAAGAGUAAAGAAACCAGAAUGGCUCAUACUGAUCGGUGUCUGCACUCAUCUUGGUUGUGUACCCAUUGCUGGUGCUGGUGAAUUUGGUGGCUAUUACUGCCCUUGUCAUGGGUCACAUUAUGAUUUGUCUGGUAGAAUUAGAAAAGGCCCUGCUCCAUUAAAUCUUGAAAUUCCAUAUUAUGAAUUUACAAGUGAUGAUUUAGUUGUUGUUGGUUAGAUGACUGGGCACUUGCUUACUUUCCUUCAUCUUGUUCUGUAUACGCUCUGUAAAAAGGUUAACUAAGAUUCUGGUGUAACAGAAAGAUGGGUGAUCCUAAAGCAUAGCCAGUUGUCCUCUCACACUUUAAGACAGAAGUCUGCUUGAAUGCUUCCUUGUGUUCAGUUUUAAUAAAGAAUCAAGAUGAAUGAACCUUUGUCUGACUUACUAUCAUAAGGUGUAAUUUUCUCACUCUGCCUAAUUAAAGAAAUAUUACAAAAUACA